UGUAACCGAGCAGUUGGGUGUAGCUUUCCCAUGUAGCGAAAAACAAGGUGCAGCUCAAAUGAACCUGAGCUUGGGUUGACUUUCAGUAGGCACUAGGUACACAUCUUCAUUGCAACCUCAGAAUUGCAUUGAUCAACUUCUUCCGUCAAUGAAUCCUUAAACCUUCAAUGCUAACAGCGCAUUGCUCCGCGCUGAACAUCGCCAUCACGAACCUGGUGGUAUUGUUCUCCAUCUACUCCUUAAGCAUCGCUCCGCUUGUCUACCUCGUCCUUCCCCGGACCGGCUGUAGUCCCGUUUAUCCUCAUUUUUCCUCUGUCUUCAUCCGACAGCUGCGCGUCUUGCACAGCAGCCAUUGGAGCAUAGAUCCCUUACGUUGAAAGACUGAAUUUCUACGAAUAACAAUGGACGCCCGACCCUAUAGACCUAGUCGACAUCUUUCCAGCCUGGGGAACGAAGUUCAUGCCCGUUCUGCCAGCAAAACGGUCCACCAACGUCACAAAUCCACCGGAAAUCUUCUGACUGCACCCGUGACUGGAAAUUUCAAUAUGGCGGCGAAGCGCACUGCGCUAGGAAAUCGCAAUGUAGCUUCUAGAGACUCGAGCGACCCCGUGUACGCCGGCAAGUCAGGACCAACCCACAACCACAGCACCACGUCGACGAUGGUUACCUCCAAAGCCCAAGAGAAUCGGGUACAGACUAAUUUCAAACCCAAAGACGCGCUCCACGGAGCCUUCUCUCAGCCGGCACAGCGCCCGACCAAAACUCUUGCUCCUUCCGCCUCAAUGGGCCACAUCAGACCUGCCGCCAGCGAGACCUAUAUCCCUCGUAGACCUCUCAGCAAGCUAUCCAGCUUUGUGUACAGGGACCCACUGCAAGAAGAAGACCGACCUGUGCCUACUAAGCCCGCGAACACCGUGCCUGAAGCCGUACCUGAAGAUCCCCCCGCCCAGACUCUGAAGGUGAGGCCUUCCAACGCACAUCUUCAAAACCGACAGCAAUCGCCUGGCCGUAAGACUUACCCAGAGAAGCCACCAACGUUGCAGCCAAAACAACAAGGACCCCAAGACAAGCAACCUUCUCACCAACCAAACUCCACCGAGGCUCAUGUUGAUGAGCGUACCUCUUCUGCGACUCUCGCGCCCCUAAUUCCUCUUACUGACGUAUCACCUCUCUAUUCUCCUCACGCUGAUGACGACGCGACUGAGCCUCUCUACGUAGACGCCGUUGAGGACUACGCUGAGGAGAAGUGUGAGUUGCAGACGCAUAAACUGACUGAAAUUACAGACGCACCUCAACCACAGCGGGUAGUCAUCCGUACUCUUCCUGAACCACAUGUUCCCGAGCCCGUCCACCCAUCUCAAAGGUCAGGUACCCAGCCGGAGCCGGACCUACUAGACUACAACGACCAUUACCCUCCAUCUGUUGUUAACGACUCGGUUUAUCCACCAUAUCUGUCUGAUUGUGACGACGAGGAAGAACACUGCUACGACGACAAAGGCUAUACCACUGCUCAUUCCUACCGUUCCCACGGCGAUAAUACGACUGGUGGUGUAACGACGGUCAUGUUUCCUCCCAAAAUCACAAAAAAGGGGCAAGCGGAGAUCGAGGCUGCUAAACAAAUCGUGGAAAGCAGACGAACUACUGACGAGAUUCAAGAGGAUGCCUGGGAUAUCAGCAUGGUUGCUGAAUAUGGUGACGAGAUUUUUCAGUACAUGAAAAAACAAGAGAUGACACUCCUCCCCAACCCUCAUUAUAUGGAUGAUCAGGGGGAAAUUCAAUGGUCCAUGCGCUCUGUCUUGAUGGAUUGGGUCGUUCAGGUCCACGCUCGCUUUGGACUUCUCCCCGAGACGCUAUUUCUGACGGUCAAUUACAUUGACCGGUUUCUCUCCAAUAAAAUCGUGUCACUAGCGAAGCUGCAGCUCGUAGGUGCUACAGCUAUCUUUAUUGCAGCCAAGUAUGAGGAGAUCAACUGCCCCUCGGUGCAGGAAAUUGUCUAUAUGGUGGAUGGCGGAUAUACCGUGGAGGAGAUCCUGAAAGCCGAGCGCUUCAUGCUGAGCAUGCUCGACUUUGAGCUCGGUUGGCCGGGCCCAAUGAGUUUCUUGCGACGCAUCAGCAAAGCAGACGACUACGACCUAGAGACUCGUACUCUUGCCAAAUACUUCCUCGAAGUUGUGAUCAUGGACGAACGAUUUGUAGCAAGCCCACCUAGCUAUAUUGCUGCCGGUGCUCAUUGCCUAUCACGCCUUGUAUUGCACAAAGGGGACUGGACCCCUGCCCACGUUCAUUACUCUGGCUACACAUAUCAGCAAUUGAAGCCUUUGGUAACCAUGCUCCUGGACUGCUGUAGACACGCUCGCAAACACCACAGCGCCAUCUUUGAGAAGUAUUCCGAUAAGCGAUAUAAACAAGCCUCUACGUACGUCGAAGAGGAGAUCAUGAGAGGCUAUACCCUUCCAUUCGAACAGCGCGUAUCGAUGCCAUUUACCGUUGAAUUCUUUAGCAAUGAAACCACUCGCGCUUCGUAUGCCGGUUCCCAUGCUGAUACUCGCACCGGAUCACAUGCUCUAAAAAUACCCAUCUCAACACACGGUUGAAUGGCCACCUACAUUCAUUUUUGAAGGUUAAUAAAAUGGGCCUACUUACCAUUCUCUCUAACGGGAGCCCCUUCGAGCAAUUACAGCACGAGACCAUACGGUGUUUUGCAUGACAAACAAAGGUCCCGACAACACUAGCGAAUAUGGCUCGUGCAUCUUCAUUCCGUUAGUAUCCACAAUAUCCCUAAUUUGGCAUUCAUAUGCUAGUUGAUGAGGUGUUACGAUGAUCACGAAUCACACGACCCUAAUUUUUCUUUCUGUGCGGCACCUUCCAUUCGAGGUUCGGCAUUCAUUCUCUAGGCGUUUCGGAAAAUCUUGAGGUGAGGCAACAGUGACUUUGCAGGUAAUUCAGGCAAGGAGCAAGGCGUUUGGCAAUGGAAGGCUAGUGCGGAACUGUACGUAGCUAUCAGUAUUUCCACAUCUGGCAUGUUAAAGGGAUAUAGAUUCUUGAGGUUUGUCAAGCUACUAAUCCUCCAUGCAAGAGACAUGACUCGUGCUUUCGAUUGUGUAUAUACUUUUGACGAGAAGGAAGCCGACUGUGUGGUUCUUAAUGUAUUUGCUCUAGCAUUUAGAGCCAAGAAAAAUGCAGCCUGUACAUAAUGCUCUGGACGAAAGCUCUUCUAUUCCUAUAAAAUUGGUACAUUUCUCCUUGUUUGCCGCACAUAAUAUCUCGACGUAGGAAUAUGGCAGUAUAAUCG